AUGAUGAAAAAAUUUGUUGAAUGGGGUUGCAAUAUUUUUGGAUUCAGUUGGGAUGGUUCUACGGCGUUAAUGAUUGCUGUAAAUAUGAAUUUCUACGAUGGUGUAGAAUGGCUUUUGAAUAAAGCUGGAGAUAAAGCUGCUGAAUUAGCUAACAUCCGAACAAGAGAUGGACAAACAUCCCUUCUUAUUGCAGUUAAUGGUGGAUAUGCAAAAAUUCUUGAAUUACUAAUCAAAUAUGGCGCAAACUGUAAUGUUCCUAAUUGUAAUCGAAUGCAUCCAAUUGCUUUAGCAGCCUUAAAUAAGCAUCCAAAAUGUGUUGAAUUACUUUUACCGCACGUCAAUCAUGACGUAUUAAUGGUAACAGAUCUUGAUCCGGUACAAGCAGCUGCUUCUAGUCAAUGUUACGAUUCUCUAACUUUGCUAGUAAAUUUUGGUUAUUCACUUGAAGUUCCAUGUUAUUGGGAGGAAGGUAUUGAGAUGCCACAUUUAUAUACAUAUCCGUUAAUAGCUCGUGAAUAUUGCACACCAUUAUAUGUUGCAACACAAAAUGAUAAUUAUGCAAUUGUUAAAUUUUUAAUUGAAGCUGGCGCUAAGAUGACAUAUACAAGUUUAUACUUUUCACCAUUUUUGGUUGUUCUUCAAGAUUUUCGUAAUUUCAACAUUUUAUUGCAAUACUUAGAAAAUGAUGUUGAUGUUAAUGCUAUAAGCACUGAUAGUACUUUUAAUGUACCCGAUGCAUUACUUGUUAGCUUAUCAUCGUAUAAAUGGUAUCGAUUGGUUAUACUUCUAUCAUGCGGAUUAGAUCCAAUGUUAAAGAAUUGGUGCAGAUGCAAAUAUGGUCGUUCACUUUUGCAAGAUAUAAUCGAAUCACCAAAUAUUGGUAAUGCGAAAAAGUUGUUGAAAAUGUUACUGUACUUUUCACCAUUUAUACCAGCUUGUUGUAAUGAAAUAGCUAAUGUUAUCAGAACAGAUAUAACGAAGGUGCCAAAAUUAUGUCAUUUAUGCCGUCUUGCAAUACGCAAAUUAUUUCCAACAUCAAAACUUCUAUAUGGUAGAUUUGUAAAGGAUCUACCAAUAUCACAAAGAAUGAAAGAUUAUUUGAAUUUCCAAAAUACGACAUAUUCUUCUUUUCCUCCUUUCUUUUGUUAA